AAAUAAAAAUAAAAAGAAAUAAUAAUAAUAAUAAAGCCAUCAAUGUGGCUUUUCUAAUUUUUCAGGGCAAAAAAAAAAGGAAAGGAAAACCAAAACAAAAGCAAAACCAAACUCUCAGAAAAGCAAGCUGCUUUUUAAUCUUUCGCGCCAUAUCAGAAUCUGGGAGAAGGAAAUGGCCGUUGGGCUCAAACCCUCCAAGCCCCUUGUCCGAUCUUCAUCACUAUCCUUGGAAAAACUCCUGAAAUCCCAGAAAAACCUCUCAAAAACCCCACCAAGACUCUGGUUCGAUCCUGAAGAAGACGACCCUGUAGAAAUUGACGCCCAAGGAUUCCCCAUCUUAAAGCUCAGCCACCCAAUCCUCCGCACCUUAGACUCUUGCAUUGGUAUCAGACAGUUCAACCAGGUUCACACCCAGCUCAUAGUCUCUGGUCUUUUUCAGCAUUCUUUCGCUGCUAGCCGAGCCAUUAAGAAGCUCUGCUCUGCUUCGGACACUGCUCAACACGCCGUUUACUUAUUCGAUCAUCUUGAAGAACCAGAUGCUUUUCUUUGUAACACCAUUAUGAGAAGCUAUCUGAAUUUGAAUGACCCAUACGGUGCUCUCCGCUUCUACUAUCAGAAAAUGAUUGGUAAAUUUCUUGUUCCUAAUCAUUACACUUUCCCGCUUUUAGUGAAGGUGUGUGCAGUAAUUGGGUCGGUGAAAGAAGGAGAAAAGGCUCAUGCCCGGAUCGAGAAAUUCGGGUUCGGAUUGGAUUUGUUUGUUCGGAACUCGUUAAUCCAUAUGUACUCUGUUUGUGGGAGUAUUUGGAAUGCACGUCUGGUGUUCGAUGCGGAACCUGAGUUGGAUUUGGUGAGCUGGAAUUCGAUGAUAGAUGGGUAUGUAAAGAGCGGAGAUGUCGGUGUUGCACGUGAACUUUUCGAUGUAAUGCCUGAAAGAGAUAUUUUUAGUUGGAACUCGAUGGUUGCAGGUUAUGUGGAAACUGGUGAUAUGGUAGCAGCAAAAGAGUUGUUUGAUAUGAUGCCCAAUAAAGAUGUCGUUUCUUGGAACUCUAUGAUUGAUGGGUAUGCAAGGACACUGAAUAUUUUUUCUGCUCGUGAGUUUUUCAAUCAAAUGCCUUUGCGUAAUAUAGUUUCGUGGAAUAUGAUUUUGGCCCUUUAUGUGCGGUCUAAGGAUUACGGUGAAUGCUUAAGAAUGUUUGAUAGGAUGGUGGAAGCUGGAGAGGCUAAGCCAAAUGCAGCUACUCUAGUAAGUGUGCUGACUGCUGCUGCAAACUUGGGGAGGCUUGAAAGAGGGAAAUGGGUUCAUUCUUAUAUGCAGUCUAAUAGGAUUAGACCCGAUGUAUUACUUUCAACUGCUCUUUUGACAAUGUAUGCAAAAUGUGGGGAUAUGGACUUGGCUAAAGAUGUUUUUGAUAACAUGUCUGACAGGAGUGUUGUGUCCUGGAAUUCCAUGAUCAUGGGAUAUGGCAUGCAUGGGCAUGCAGAGAAAGCUCUAAAAAUGUUCUCCGAGAUGGAGAAAACAGGCCUUGCCCCUAAUGACACUACUUUUAUCUGCAUUUUUUCUACAUGUGCCCAUUCUGGAAUGGUUUUGGAAGGUUGGUGGUACUUUGAUCUAAUGCAACGAGUUUACAAGAUCAAACCCAAAAUUGAACACUAUGGUUGCAUGGUUGAUCUUCUUGCCCGGGCUGGUUUGAUGAAACACUCAGAAGAGCUUAUUAGCAAGGUGCCAGCAGAGGCAGAACCUGCCUUAUGGGGAUCUUUACUUUCUGCUUGUAGGACCCACUCAAAUUCAGAACUUGGGGAGAUUGUGGCCAGGCGGCUAAUUGAGUUGGAACCAGGGGAUAUUGGACCCUAUGUGUUGUUAUCAAAUAUAUAUGCAUCAGAAGGGAAAUGGGAUGAUGUAGAACAUGUGAGAAAGAUGAUAAAAGAAAAGGGUUUAUUAAAAGAAGCAGGAUCAAGCAUGGUUCAACCUGGAGAAUUUGGAUCUAAAUCCCUUUUGGAGAAUGGUUCAUCACUCAGGAGAAGCAUGGUGUACUCAAUGUUGAAUGAGAUGGGUACUCAGAUAAAAUUAUCUUGUAGAGAUUUUUACAUAGAAGAUGAUUUGAGUACUUAGUGUAUCAAAAUGCUUCAGGAUGAAUCUGAAACUUCAAAAGCUGGUUUUCCAUGUAUAUUAACAUGUAAAUGUGGAGAAACUUUAGGGAAAGAAACUUAGAAUACCUUGAAGAUUGAAGAUUUCUGAACGAAAGAGACCAUGAACUUUGAUUGGUGGACCAAAAUGCUAUGAGCACGUUUGGAUAGCAGGUUUAUCCAUUUGUAAUACGCAAUCACAGAUGGUUAUCUCCAAUUCCUGAUAGUAAGGACAGAGUUAUGGCAAUGUAUAACUAAAGCAAAUCUUAUGGUAAGGCUUUCUGUUGGGAAGCUUUUUUGCUUGGCAACUUUCAUUUGGGAAAAAUUACUUCCACAUAAGUUACUGCAUUUGUUAUUGAUCAGAAGUACUGUGCAUGGAUCUGUCAGAGAAAAAGUCCCUCUUGUGCCUCUAGUAGGGAAAGUGGCUGAGAUCGAGAGAGCAUCUCUCCCUUGAAGUCCUUUAUGGAUCUCGAGUCGGGAAUAGAGUCUCACAGUGUCAGAAUGAGUUGAAGACGAGAUGUGGUGUCCAGUCUGAUAGGGAGAGGCGAGAAGGGGAACAAGGAUCAAAACAGGCAUGGUGCUUACAGUGGCCUCUUUCAUUUCCUGACAUUGAGUUCAUUCGCAAAUGAGACAAGUUUAGAUCUUUAUUUGAUCUUAGCCAUUGUUUUUUAACUUUUAACAAUCUCUGCCUAUCAUAAAAAGCAGUAUCACUUUUCUUUUCGUUUUUAGUAGUCACUUUUCUUUUCAUUUUUA